AUGGUUUCGGAGAAUCAAUCCCGAAUUUCUCCUUAUAAAACAAUUAUACAUGAGUGGGUUUGGGGAGAGUUGAAGAAUGGUUUGGUUUAUAUUGCUCCGGGAUACAAAUAUCAUACACAGGAUGUAGACGAGUACAGUCCCUUUCACCAGGAUGUAGACGAGUACAGUCCCUUUAACCAGGAUGUAGACGAGUUGAAGGAUAAUAUCAACUACCAUUUACAAGAAACCAAAUUGCAACAGAAUAAAAAGAACAUCUCUCUGAGAAAUGAUGUUGAUGCUAAAUUAACCCAGAAAGGUUCCGGAAAUGAAAAGAUCAUUUUGGAUACUAAACCUAUAAAUUCUAUGAAGAAAGAUAAAGCUAUGAAUCAGAAAAUAGAAGAAAAUGAAAUUCAAUAUUCAUCAAAACAAGAAAAUCCUGAACUCAAAGUUUUGGAGAAAAAAUUUGCAGACAACGAUUUAAAACAAGAAAAAAUAGAUAAUAAAGAAAUAGAAAAAAAAGAAAAAGAUCUAGUCAAUGAAGAUGAGGAACUAGAAAAAGAUGAGGACGAGAACGAAAUUGAAGAUGAAGAUCUUGUCAAAGAGGAAGAAAAAGAAAAAGAUCUAGUCAAUGAAAAUGAGGAAAGAGAAAAAGAUGAGGAGGAGAACAAACUUGCAGAUGAAGAUCUUGUCAAAGCGCAAGCUGAUCUGGAGGUAGAGCGAAAAGAUCAAGGGAUGGAACAAAAAAAUCAAGAGAUGGAACAAAAAGAUCAAGUUAUGGAUCAAGAAGAUCAAGAGGUGGAACAAGAAGAUCUAAAGAUGGAAUUUCAAGAUCAAGAUAUGGAACAGGAAGAUCUAAAGAUGAAACCUGAAGAUCAAUAUAUGGAACAAGAAGACCAAGAGAUGGACCAUGAAGAUCAAGAGAUACAACAAAAUGACCAAGGUUUGGAGUAUAUAAGCCAAGAAAACAUACAAGAAAGUCUGAAUAUAGAAGAAGAAGAUGAUCUAGAAAUAGAAGAAGUAGAUCUAGAUAUAGAUGAAGAAGAUCUAAAAAUAGAAGAAGAAGAUCUAGAAAUAGAAGAAGAAGAUUUAGAAAAUGAAGAAGAAGAUCUAGAAACAGAAAAAGAAGAUCUAGAAAUAGAAGAAGAAGAUCUUAAAAUAGAAGGAGAACAUCUGGAAAUAGAAGUAGAAGAUUUAGAAACAGAAGAAGAAGAUCUAGAAAUAGAAGUAGAAGAUCUAGAAACAGAAGAAGAAGAUCUAGAAAUAGAAGAAGAAGAUCUAAAAAUAGAAGAAGAAGAUCUAGAAACAGAAAAAGAAGAUCUAGAAAUAAAAGAAGAAGAUCUAGAAAUUGAAGAAGAAGAUCCAGAAAAAGAAGAUCUAGAAAUUGAAGAAGAAGAUCUAGAAAUAGAACAAAAAGAUCCAGAAAUAGAACAAGAAGAUCCAGAAAUGGUGUACGAAGAUCUAGAAACCGGAUAUGAAGAUCCAGAAACCGGAUAUGAAGAUAAAGCUGAAGAACAAGAAGAUAAAGAUGUCAAGGAUGCUGUUGAUUCUGUAAUACAUGUCAUGGUAGCUUAUGACAAUAUAGAGCAUGUCAAGGAAGCUAAUGACGAAGAAGAGCAUGUCAAGAAAGCUAAUGACGUAGAAGUGUAUGUCAUGAAACUAUUUGCUGGUGAAGAGCAUGUCAAGGAAGUUAAUAUUGAAGAAGGGCAUGUCAAGGAUGCUAAUAACGAAGAAGGGCAUGUCAAAGAAGCUAAUGAUGAAGAAGAGCAUGCCCAGGAAGCUAAUGACGAAGAAGAGCAUGCCCAGGAAGCUAAUAAUGAAGAAGGAUAUUUCAAAGAAGCUAAUGACGAAGAAGAGCAUGCCCAGGAAGCUAAUGACGAAGAAGAGCAUGCCCAGGAAGCUAAUAAUGAAGAAGGGCAUGUCAAAGAAGCUAAUGCCGAAGAAGAGCAUGCCCAGGAAGCUAAUGACGAUGGAGAGCAUGUCCAGGAAGCUGAUGACAAAGAAGCCCAUGUUAAGGAAGCCAAUGGCGGCGAAGAGCAUGUCCAGGAAGCUAAUGACGAAGAAGCCCAUGCCCAGGAAGCUAAUGACGAAGAAGAACAUGUCCAGGAAGCAAAUGACGAAGAUGAGCAUGACCAGGAAGCUAGUGAAGAAGAAGAAGAACAUGUCCAGGAAGCAAAGAAUGAUGAGGAACAUGCCCAGGAAGCUAAUGAUGAAGAAGAGCAUGACCAGGAAGCUAAUGACAAAGAAGAUCAUGUCCAAGAAGUAAAGAACCAUGGAGAGCAUGCCCAGAAAGUUAAUGACGAAGAAGAACAUGUAAAAGAAGCUAAUGACGAAAAAGAAAAUGUCAAGGAAGUUAAUGACGAAGAAGAGCGUGUCAAGGAAGCUAAUGAUGAAGAAAAGCAUGCCCAGGAAGCUAAUGACGAAGAAGAGCAUGUCAAGGAAGCAAAUGACGACGAAGAAAAUGUAAAGGUAGCUAAUGACGAAGAAGAACAUGUAAAGGAAGCUAAUAACGAAGAAAAACAUGUAAAGGAAGCUAAUGACGAAGAAGAAAAUGUCAAGGAAGCUAAUAACGAAGACAAGCAUGUCAAGGAAGCUAAUGACGAAGAAGAGUAUGUCAAGGAAGCUAAUUACGAUGAUGAGUAUGUCCAGGAAGCUUUUGUUGAUGAAGAGCAUGUAAAGGAUGUUAAUGUUGAAGGAGAGCAUGUCCAGGAAGCUAAUGGAGAAGAAAAAGAGACAAAGGAAAAAAAUAAAACAAUGAUAAAUGAGGAAAUGAAGACAAGGAAAGAUGAAAAAAGAAUGGAAGAGAUGUUUAAUAAUAAAACCGAUAUGAUUUCGCCUCAGGAAAAGGAAUUUCUAAAAUAUAAAAUGUUAAAAUUUUUUAUUAAACUUUUCCGCAAAAGAAAGUUUGGAGUUCGGUUCCCAGGUUCAGAUGAUAAUCCUGUUCUCCGGGACCUGGUUAGACUAAUCGCCAGGAUCGGAGCUAAAUCAUCAACUCAGCUUAAAACCUUCCUUCUUCAAGGAAACUCAAACAAUUUCCCUGUUAUUCUAAACUUUUUAGAGAAGAACGGACAGAUAGAUCUGGACCAACUUAUAGCGGAGAAUAAUUUAAAGAAAGAGAAAAAAGAAAGAGAUGAGAAAUUUUCAAGAAAAAAGAUAAUUUUUAAAAAUCAAGAAGAAAUCCUAGAGUCAAUUAUUGAUCAGAACAUACAUAUCAAAGAUCAAGAUAUACUUACCGAAGAUCAAGGGAUAAUUAUUGAAGAUCAAGAGAUGAUUACCGAAGAUCAAGAAAUAAUUACUAAAGAUCAGAAUAUGAUUACUGAAGAUCACGGGAUGAUUAUUGGAGAUGAUAAGAUAUUGAGGAAAGAUCAGGAUCUGGUCAGGCAAGAGCAAAGUACACUUUUUCAGAAGAAUUCCCGGAAAACCGACUCAGAUUCCUCAUUAGAAUAUAUAGGGAUAUACCUGGAACCAGAGACAAUUCCUGGAGUAUCCCAGGAACCAGAGACAAUACCUGGAGUAUCCCUGGAACCAGAGACAAUACCUGGAGUAUCCCUGGAACAAGAGACAAUACCUGGAGUAUCCCUGGAACCAGAGACAAUACCUGGAGUAUCCCUGGAACCAGAAACAAUAUCAGGAGUAUCCCUGGAACCAGAGACAAUACCAGGAGUAUACCUGGAACCAGAGACAAUACCUGGAGUAUCCCAGGAACCAGAGACACUACCUGGAGUAUCCCUGGAACCAGAGACAAUACCUGGAGUAUCCCCGGAAUCAGAGACAAUACCUCGAGUCUCCCUUGAACCAGAAACAAUACCUGGAGUGUCCAUGAAACCAGAGACAAUACCUGGAGUUUCCCUGGAACCAGAGACAAUACCUGGAGUAUCCCUGGAACCAGAGACAAUACCAGGAGUAUAUCUGGAACCAGAGACAAUACCUGGAGUAUCCCAGGAACCAGAGACAAUACCUGGAGUAUCCCUGGAACCUGGAGUAAACCAAAAAUAUAAUCAACCGAAGAAUAAGUUUGAUGGGACGAAGAACCCUGAGUGGGGGAGAAGUACUCUCCGUCCUGAUCUAUGUUUGUAUAUGUUUCGAGAACUGGGCUUAGCUCCGUCUCCGUUCCUCUCUCCGAACCCGGAUAUUUCUCCGCUGGAUUCAACCCUGCACUCUGUUCGGAGAAGGUUUGCUUCGAGUGUCAUAGAGUAUAAGGAGUAUCUGAGCUAA